UUAAAAAAACAAUGUCUUUCAUUAUUUUCUUGUUAAUUUCUGUAUGUUCUGCCUUUGUUAGUGCUCAAUUUUAUUCUCCGCCAAUGACCGGAUCUGGUUGUGUCGCUACAGGAAAUAAAUUAUAUUCACAUGGAAAUUUUAUUCGAGAACUUACUGGAAAAGAAAUGUCUGAAAUGGAAAUAUAUAAAAAUAAAUUGCUUGAAUGGAAACAACAAGUAGAUGAGGCAUAUGCUCGUCUUGAGCAAGCUGUACAGCGAAACAAUACAGCUUUGCCAAUAAUCCCUCCAAGGCCUGCUUUGCCGUCAUUUUGUACUUCAAAUCAAACGACACUUUAUAUCCUUGCUGGCUGUACUGUACAAAAUAAUAAAGUUUAUAUUGCCGGUAAAUUUGCUCGAGAAUUAAAUGAAAAAGAGAAAGCACAACUCGAUGAAUUUGCAAAACAAAUGCUGUCACAACAACAAGCAUCGAAAAUGGAAAACAAAAAUGCUGCUUUUGGCAAUAACAUUCAAGAAGCUCAAUCUCUCCCAGCAGCAGAUUCAGCAAUUAAUACACCUCCACCCCCAUCUUCCUCAUCAACUUCAACUCCUUUACCAACAACAACAAUUCCUUUGCAACAAAAUGCUGAUAUUGGUAGACAAAUCGCUUUGGAUUUUUGUAUGGAAUUUUGA